AGCGGGCAGGCGGCGGAGCCAAGCCACUUGCUGGGAGCCAGCUGAAGAAGAAGCCAGGAGAGGGGAAGCGGAACAAAGCGGGUGUGUGCGCCGGUGGCGGGCGCAUUAGCGCCUGCUCAGAGAGGGGACGGAACAGAAACCAACACUCUGGCAACGGACUGCACAACAAACAUCAUCCUGGCCGGAUCUCCCGGGACACUUGUGGGCAGCGGGAGAUUUUUCCGCCUGGCUGAAUAACUUGAUGAGUUGUGGGGGGCUUUGUGCUUCCGGCAGUCACUCCAGAGGGAAAUAAACCCACCGACAAUGCGUCCGCAAAGGCGUUACCUCCUGGCCAUUCCUCUCCUGGGCGCGAUGGUUUUCGUUGUGCUGCACAAGGGUGAGUUGCACCGGUCAAAAAAAUAUCCCCGGCAAACGAUGUCCCACGAAAGCGACCUGCUGAGUCGAGCCUGUGAUGCAUUAAUCGAACAGGAGAAAGCUUUUGUUUGGGGAAACCUCCUGCAAACCUCUCGAGGGAGUUUUGCCUGCAGUGAGUACUUAAUGCACAAUCACUAUAUAACGAGCCCUCUCUCUGCAGAAGAAGCUGCCUUUCCUUUGGCUUAUAUCAUAACUCUGCAUAAAGAAUUUGAUACGUUUGAGAGGCUCUUCAGGACUAUUUAUAUGCCCCAAAAUGUUUACUGUGUCCACGUGGAUGAGAAGGCAACGGCUCAGUUUAAGCAAGACGUGGAGACAUUGUUGAACUGUUUCCCCAAUGCGUUUCUUGCCUCAAAAAACGAGCCAGUCAUUUAUGCUGGAAUAUCCAGACUUCAGGCGGAUUUGAACUGCAUGAAAGACCUGCUGGAAUCAGGAGUUCGAUGGAAGUAUCUGGUCAACGCGUGUGGACAAGAUUUCCCCUUGAAAACCAACAAGGAAAUAGUUCAGCACCUGAAGAGCUAUAAGGGUAAAAAUAUCACUCCUGGGGUGCUGCCUCCUGCCCAUGUGAUUUCAAGAACCAAAUAUAUCCAUAAGGAGCACAUAGGGACGGACUCCUCUUACAUGAAAAAGACCAAUGUGUUGAAACAGCCCCCACCACACAAUCUGACCGUCUACUUUGGCUCUGCUUAUAUCGCGGUCACAAAGCCAUUUGUCGAGUUCAUUCUCAAUGAUCAGCGUGCUAUUGAUUUAUUGGAGUGGUCCAAAGACAGCUACAGUCCAGAUGAACACUUCUGGGUAACACUCAAUCGGAUACCAGAUGUCCCUGGUUCCAUGCCAAAUGCAUCCUGGGAAGGUAACCUGAGAGCUAUCAAGUGGAACGAUAUGGAAAGCUUUCAUGGAGGUUGUCAUGGCCAUUACGUCAGAGGCAUUUGUAUAUAUGGAACAGGUGACCUAAAGUGGCUAUUUAAGUCUACAAGCAUGUUUGCUAACAAGUUUGAACUCAAAACAUACCCACCCACUGUAGAAUGCCUGGAACUGAGGCUUCGAGCGAGAGCACUGAACCAGAGCGAAAUGCAGGUGAAACCAAGUUGGUACUUUUAAAUUAACAAUUCAGAAUGGAAAUAAAACUCCAGCUGCAGUAGCUCAGGAAGAAUAACCUUCUCGGAAAGACUUUUCUUCUGGAACUUCAGUACGGGUAGUUUGUAAUGUCUUGAGUGGAAGGUUUGAGUGCAGAUCAUACAACACUGGAGAGACCAAAGAGGAGGCUGAGGAAAUGGUUCUGUUGGCUUUGCUGUAUUUGCACUUUUGGCAUGUGUGGCUAGACAGCGCCUUGCUGACUUGUGCCUGGCAAUAAUGUUAUCCCUGUCAUGUGCUGUAUAUUUAUAUGUAAAAAUCACGUAUCCCUAAAUUUUCAUACGGCAACAUAAAAUCCAAAGCAUACUAAUGAGGAAGAGUUAUCCUUCUUUGAAGGAAACAACCACCAUCAACAAGAUCUUAAAGUAAAAUCCAGGUGCACAGUUUGAUGACUUCCAUACAUACAGAAACAAGAAUCACUGACAAAAAAAAUACCCUAUACACAUUUAGCAGAGGGAAUAGCAUUUGGUAUUUUUGACUCUCUAAAUGCUGGAGUCUGAGCAUGGGGCACAUGGGAAGCAGGAGGAAUGCUUCCAGAUCUUCUGGAUCCCUUCCAAAGCACUCUGGGGGUGGGGGAAGACACCCGGGAUUUAGACAUUUUCAUAUUGAUAACUCUGAGCUUUUAAGAAUAACUCAAUCACUCCAUCUUAUCCUGUGAAACAUGCUAAUAGACUGAGUUUUAUUUUCAUAGACUGUAUAUACUUAGCACAGAAAAUCCUGUUAGCUGUUGGUUAUACUGUAUUAAGAUCCCCCCCCCCCCAUGCCAGCCACUAAAUAUGUAAGCAGGUCUGUUGUUCCAGCUACACAUGCAAAGCUCCCUGAAGACAACUGAAAGUCUCAAUAGGCCAGCCAGGUCAUUGCCUGGUAUGCAGCAAACAGACCAAAAAAAAAA